UUUUGUGACACUGACAUUUAAAAGUCAAAUUUCUAUAAAGACGAAAAUUUUAAAAUUUAAAUGAUCCAUUUAUUAACAAAAAUAAUAAUGCAUUUUAUCAGUCACAGAAAAAGUACUGAUUCGGAGGCAACUGAUGAAACUCCAGUCCCACUCAAGGACAGCAGUAAUUCUGGACACUCGCUAGGUAAAGAGUCCUCAAAGAGCCAUCACUCAUUUAGAGGCAGCACUUCAGAUCACGACAAGGAAAUGACAGAGUACUGGUUAAUUUCUGCCCCAGGUGACAAGACUUGUCAGCAAACAUGGGACACAAUGAAUAACUUGACUAGUAAACAGAAUAGCUUGUCGACAAAUUAUAAAUUUCAGAUCCCAGAUUUAAAGGUUGGUACUCUCGAUCAACUAGUCGGUCUUUCUGAUGACUUGGGCAAAUUGGAUGGGUUCGUGGAGCAAGUUACUAGAAAGGUUGCUCAGUACCUCGGCGAGGUACUCGAAGAUCAGAGAGACAAGUUGCAGGAGAACUUGAUGGCUAAUAACACCGAUUUGCCAAGUUAUUUAACCAGAUUUCAAUGGGACAUCGCCAAAUACCCGAUCAAGCAAUCCCUGCGAAAUAUUGCCGAUAUAAUAAGUAAACAAGUUGGCCAAAUCGACGCUGAUCUCAAGACCAAGUCGUCAGCGUACAAUAAUUUAAAGGGAAGUCUUCAGAAUUUGGAGAAGAAACAAACUGGAAGUUUGCUAACACGUAACUUGGCAGACCUAGUCAAGAAAGAACAUUUUAUUUUAGAUUCGGAUUAUUUGCAGACUUUGCUGGUCAUCGUUCCAAAGUCUCAAUUCAAUGAAUGGAACGCUACUUACGAAAAAAUUACAGAUAUGAUUGUACCGCGCUCGUCAGAGCUCAUUACUCAAGAUCACGAAUACGGUCUAUUCACCGUUUCGCUCUUCAAAAAGGUCGUUGAAGAAUUUAAGUUGCACGCAAGAGAAAAGAAGUUUAUUGUCAGAGAUUUCACUUAUAACGAGGAGGAACUGGCAGCUGGCAAAAAUGAAAUUACCAAACUCGUUACUGAUAAAAAAAAGCAAUUUGGACCGUUGGUGAGGUGGUUGAAAGUCAACUUCAGCGAAUGCUUUUGUGCUUGGAUACAUGUAAAGGCGUUAAGGGUGUUUGUUGAGUCCGUAUUAAGAUAUGGGCUACCAGUCAAUUUUCAAGCUAUCCUAAUCCAUCCAAAUAAGAAGACACUGAAACGUUUACGAGAUGUGUUAAAUCAACUCUAUGGUCAUCUAGACAGUAGCGCUGCUCUUUCCGGACCCAAUGUUGAUAGCGUAGACAUUCCAGGCUUAGGUUUUGGCCAAUCAGAAUAUUACCCGUACGUGUACUACAAACUGAACGUCGAUAUGAUAGAAUCGAAGAUCUAAAAUUCAGCAUAAAUAAAAAGGAGACAUUUAUUUUAUAGGUUCCAAACAUUUUAAACUAUAAACGUAUUAAAAAAUAAUAUUUUUUUUUGUUUACUCAAAAGUUUUUUGAGGUGGGGCUGUUGGUAAAAUAAUGCCCUUUCACUCCAAUAGUUAGUGCAACCAUGUAGUACCCCUUCUUCUUAAACUUGAGUUUAAAAAAUCAAUAGUUGCAAUAAGUAAGGAGUUAUUUCAUUAUUCUCAAAAUGGUAUUUUAGUGAUUUUAUUUAAAUAUUUUUACGCUCAAUACGUACAUUUUUAUUUUAAACCUUUCCAUUUACAGUUUAAAAUCGGUUCCUUUUGCGAAAUAUAUUUUUUAAAUAAAUAUAAUGUGCUUCUUAACGAUGUCAUUUUUUUAUGACUGGGUAUUAUGUGAAUGCUAGGUCUCACAAUUAUGAUAUUUUUGUAAGUAGUGUGAUGCUUAAUCACUGACAAUAUUUACAAUAACUUUAAUUCAGUUACAAUUUUGUAUAAAACAGUAUUCAUUUAUUGUAAAUAAAAAUUGUAUAUAUACUACAAACAAUAAAUAUUUCGCCUUUUGAAUCUAUUUAUAAAAAUUAUGAUUCCAUAUUGUAAUAUAGUUUCAAUUUAUUAGUUUAUUACUUUUUUGAAUAUAUUUCAGAAGUAAUUUAAGUGGUUAUUUUUGUUCAAUUAUUGUAAUUGUUAGAUUAUUAAAAAGUAUUGAAUUGUUGACUAA